UUAUGAUUAUUUCACCAAAGUUAUUAAUAGAGAAAAAAAAAAAAUCAAAUUUGAAUCUUCUGCUGUUAUACAGUCAAAGCACAAGACUCGUGGAAUGUCCAUUUGUCCAAAGUCUACUGUCUUUGUUUUCUUCUCCAGGAAUUUAAAAGCUAGCUCAGGUGAUUGCUAUGAUCAUUUGAAUUCCUCUUUCAAUACAUCUUAAUUAGCUUUAGGUCCUCAGUCUAAUAAAUCCUUACCACAAACAAUCUUUUCAAUCCAACUUUCAAGUACCCUUUACCCUUUUAUUGCUGUCCCUUGAUUCAUUCUAAGAGACAGGAACAACUACUUAAAGAAAGAAAAGGAAAUUGAAAGGAAGGCAGAAUAGCAAGCAGAAAGAGAUCCAUGGCAUGCUUUGUGCCUUUCAACAACAGGAAUUUGGAUAUAAGCUUUUUUGUCUUCAAGCCCACAGUAGUCUUGGUUGACAAGUUUGUUGAAACGCUUAAGCACUUUUCUGGAAGCACUGAGAAUCUUGGUUGUGUUCAGAGUUCUAUAUUCAGAAGCAUCCAUGGAAAUAUGAUCAUAUGGUACGGUGCAUGGAUGAAGAAAUUUAGUGAAAACAAAGAGUUGUUAACUUCAGCCCUAUUAUCAAUGUUAGCAAACACAUCAAGCAUGGCAAUCAUCACUGAACAUGGCUUCUUUGAUGCAUAUGCUGGAGAAUCAAGAGAUGGGAGCUCAGCUGCGAAAUUUUCAACUGGAGAUGCAAUUUCCAUGAACAUAAUAGUGCCACAAUCAGGAGACAUAAAUGACCUAUCCUAUGCAAAUUUGGCAAUUUUCAAAUCUCACUUCCUGAAGAUGGAAGGUGCAAGUGCUGGAGUGUGCCUGAAUUGCCAAAGCAUGCCUAGUGUCACUUGCCUUUAUGUGUGGAAAUCUCUCCAAUUCUGCUACUCUUGGAUUAUAAAUUCUGACCAUAGGAGGACAAUGCUUCCCUAUCUUGAACGUUUUUCUCUGGAUAUCAAGUAUGACAUUUUUAGGGUCGUUUUUGUUAGCAGUGACAACCUACUGAAUUACCAAAAUCUACCUUCUAAUCAGGCGUUACAAAAUGGGGGGAUAAGUAAAGAAGAAAGCCAGGUAAUUAUGCAAGAUUGAGAAUCAUUCGCUACAACACUUAGCGAUCCUAAAUUAAAUUAUUAGCGUUACUAAUAGCGUGUUUUCUAUUAUUGAUUGAUUACUAAAAAUGGUGUCAACCCUUUUGUGCAAAAAUCAUCCUAUUGUAAAUUAAUUAAUAUUGUUUAGCACACUUGUGUAUUCCAUAUUA